UUGUGUCAUUACUUCUGAAGCAGAUUGUACCUACUGAUGUAAAAAUUGUGUGAAAACCUCAACGAUAAAGUAAAUAUGGGGAUUAUUUCACAAUUGUGGCAUUUAUUGUCAGUUGCGGUAAGCGGUUAUUUAUGAUGGGUCCCUUUACCUCGGUCGAACCCAACUGCAGAUACAGUGAUCGAGUUUACAUUGUAAUAAGAAGAAUACGGGUAGAUACAGCGUAGAGUGAGAGGCGUUGUUCUCAACACUAGCAUGAGAUAGCAAAUGCGAUCAGCUGGUUUGGGUCAAAACAUGUCGACAGUUUAUUAGUUGCACAACGGUGACAUAUUGUUAUUUCAGUGAUUUGUUUAGGCUUUUUGAAGCUUAUUUUAGUGUUACCUUAUUGUGCAAUGCCCUCUACUUGUGCAGCGUAUGGCUCAAAUAGGCAUAAGAAAGGCAACAAUAUUUCUUUUCACAGCUUUCCGAAGGAUGAAACUUUGCGGCGCGAGUGGCUAAUAGCUAUGAAAAGAGACAAAUUCAAACCAUCUGAAUAUUCGAAAUUAUGUUCAGAUCAUUUUCAAAAAGAUGAUUUUGUAUAUACAUUUGGUUUAAAAACAUUAAAAUUAGGAACAGUGCCUACAGUUUUUAAAUUUCCGCCACAAUUACAAAAGAAAGAGCCCAAGAAGCGUUCCACUAGGUUACUAAAGAAUAAUAAUUCAUUUGCGACAGGUUCAGAAGUGCCUUUAACCAGUUGUUCGUCUUCACAGCAGGGAACAUUCAAAGAAAUAGAGCAAAUUCAAACAGAUUAUUUAAAACCGUCAAUUUCUUCGACGAUAGUAAAGAUAGAGGAAGAGACUGUUUUAGAGCCGCAAAUCUUAUCAAAGCAAGAAGGCAAAAAAAGAAAAAGAAGUCAACCAGUAUAUAUGGGGGAUUUCAAUGAGCAAGACAUUGAAGAUCGAAAAAAAGCCAAAUUGAUGUGGAAAAUCGCUAACAAAACUAUAAGUACACAGAAGAAAAAAAUAGGAUAUUUGCGUCAAAAAGUUUACAGGCUACAAAAACGGAUAAAAUCUUUGGAUCAAUUUGUGCGAGCUUCCAUCGUAAUAGUCAAAUAUCUGUGUGGUUCAACUGAUUUGUGUUUAACUUGUGAAGAAAAGUCUGAUGUGAAAACUGGUGGUGGUGGCAUGCGAGGCUAAAGGGGACGACAGAGUUAAACCAAGUGUGCGACAAAGACAACCUUAAGGUUUGGGAGAUACCGUACCAGAGGCGCACGGUAGUGAGACUUCUGAGUAGCGACGAUAACUGACAGAUGGUUCAUCUGUUCGACGCCUAAAACAAAUCAGUCGAAUAAUUAAACUGACUGAUAAACAGCUCAAUAAGAUGGUUGCAAUAGCGAGCCAAGGGAAAGGUCCAAAAUAGGUCUGGUGUUCGAGCUUGGAUGGGCUUUUGGCUUCAAUCGGUGGUUUACACGCAUGAUAGUACGAUAGGGUGCGAGUGAUGUCGACUGUCUGUAGGAUAGAACUUUUCUUGACGGCCAUAAAGUUUUAGAAACAACCACACAUGAGGUACAUUAAUAUGGGAAGUUUCUUCGUGGAAAUACUUCCUUCUAGGGAACCAUCACUAUUUCUCCAUUUGAUUGCCCAGGAUUCUAAAGAUUUUGGGACUUUUCCAUCCAUAAUGGAGACAUUGACUACCCACAGUGGUUCAGUUACCAAGGUUAUAACAGGAUACCAGUCAGCAUGUGCGGUGUACCAUGUCUUCAGUUCGACUUCAACUAACUUUUCACUAGUGACUUUAACAAAAAGUGUUGAUUUGUUUACACGAUUACCCUUCUGCUCUAACAAAAGAUCAAAUAUGAGAAACAAGAUUAGAAUUUAAACUAUAUUAAUUAAAAAUUACUUAUACGAAAAGCAAGUCCGAAUUUCAUUCGCUGAGUCAAUUUAUAUUUUAGUUACCAUACGUUCUUGGAUCACGCUUGGGGUGAGUUUGAAAUGGGGGGAUAUAAAUUCUGAACCGGUUGACAAUCAUUAACUGUGGGAGUUUCAAAUGUUUGUACAGCUAACAUUUCAGUACUUUCAGUAUUGGAGCGCGUUAGUCGCAUUUUUCUGGCAAUCUCUUUUCUGUGUUUCAAAUGUAAAAACCAUAGGGUUAAACUAUCCCAACAGCUAGCAAAAAUUUUAAAUGAUCACCCGUGAGUACGAUGUAUAGCUACAGCAUUAAUGAUAAUCUCAAUUAUCCAUUUAAGAAUUCUCCAAACUAUGUAUAUUCCCAUGAGACCACUGGUUAGGUUUCCUAACCAACUAAACCAUCCCCACAUCUGCUCCAAAGUAGAGUCCGCUAAAUUCUUGAGCUCUUCGGUGCUAAACAUAGACAACAUAGAUACUCCUUGAGAAUCCACAGGCUGGCCUAACGCUUUUCUGGCCUAGAUAUUAGUAAUGGCCUGGCUUUCAUAGCCGAAUAACAUUGCUCUUUGGGCUUCUCGAAUUUCUUUAGACGUGUAAAAUCCACCAGUGCCCAAACUUUGUAUAGAAUUGAAAGGCAAGUGGUCUUCCGUGUCCACUGUUAAGGUAAUGGGUGUUGCCAAUCCGUUUCCUGGAUGAGGGCUAAAACUUAUCCAUCGGUUGUUGAGGUGAAAAAUUGGUGGUAUUAAGGUGUUGCAUUCGAUCUCUUCGGUGUAAUGCUGUAGAAUCCGGGUAAUGGGUGACAUGAAGUAACUUUCGUUAUUCACUUUCACUGGUAACAACCCUUUUCUCUUCGGAGCUCAACAACUCUUGGUACACAUUGUAGGAUAUAACGCCUCUCCGGCUACCUUCCCAAUUGAGAGAAAACCAUUUGUUGUUGGAAUAAGGAGAAUGGUUAUAAAUCAAAGGUUUUGUUAGAUUAAUUUAGAGAACUUCUUCUUCUUGAAUCUUCUUGGUAUGGAAUUAAGAUCAAAAAUGAUGUGGAUGACAUUUUUGUCAUUUUUGAUCUUAAUAAAUGUACCAUGGGCAUUUUCUCGAAAUUUUAAACAACCGCUUUGAAAGUAUAAAUUUCACUGGUGAAAAAGAAGUAGAAGGAAAGUUACCAUUUUUAGAUACUUUAGUAAUUAGAACUAAUAACGUAUUAGAAUUUGAUAUUUAUAGGAAAAACACUAGUACACUUCGCUACAUCACCACUGACUCACAUCAUUGUCCUCAACAUAAAAUGGCGAGUUUUAACUUUUUCAUUUACAGGCUUGUUAAUUUUCCCUUGACUCAUGCAAGGUUUGAAAAAGAGCUCAAAAUUAUUAAAGAUGCAGCGAAGUGUAAUGGUUUUGAUGUUAACAUAAUUAACAAAAUGGUUCAAAAAGUUAAAUAUAGAAAAAUGGUCARUAAUUCCACGACUUUUACAAACACUCCGAAGAAAACACAAUUUAUAACUUUACCUUAUACUCCCUCAAUCACAAGAGGUGUGAGUAAAAUUUUCAAAAAUCUUGACUUCCAAGUUGUUUACAACUCUGGYAGAAGUCUCAAAAGUUUUCUUGGUAAUCCUAAAGAUAAAGUAGGACCAUUAGAAAAAUCGGGGAUUUAUGAAAUUAAUUGUAAAGAUUGUGAACAAAAAUAUAUUGGGCAAACACGUCGUUCAGUUAACACUAGGUUUAAAGAACACAGCUCAUUUAAGAUAUAACAGAUUUGAAAAAUCAAGUGUGGCCCAACAUAUUUUUGAAAAAGACCAUAAAAUAGAUGAAACUAAUGUAAAAAUCAUUAGAGUAGUCAAUAAUUGUAAAUUUCUUGACGCUUUCGAGAGUCUUGAAAUAUUUAAAAAUAGAGAUAAGCUUAUGAAUUCAGACAACGGCCCCAUUCCCUUUUCUCCCCUCUGCUCGUUAGUUGGGGGUAGAGAAAGUGAAAGUCGGAAAAAUUAGUAUAUAAGGCAUUACCAUUGUUAAAUUAGUUAGUUUUAUUCUCACCUGAGGAUGACCACUUUGUGGUUGAAACGCGUUGUGUUUUAAAUAAAAGUUUGGUGUGACGGGCUAUUCGAGUUUUUGUUCAUCGUUUCCAUACCAAGAAGAUCCAAGAAGAAGAAGUUCAAUUUAGAGAAAAGAAAAAGAACAUGAAGACGUAAGUCUUCGGAUGUGGCGAACAGCACAUGCUGAUUUGUACCCAGUUGUUACGGAAACGGAUCAUUUGCCUGGAUGGAAGAAUAGAGCCAUUACCCAUAUUACCACACAAGAGAUCCACCCUUGAGGGACAGAAGACAACUUAGAAGUUGAAUGUAGCAGCCGUAUUGGACUAAUGUUAUGGUUUAUCUUAGCCAUUCCAUUUUGCAUAGCACUUGUCGUUGUACUUAUCCGAAUGCUAUGUUAUAGACUCGAAAGGAAAGAACUGUCUGUUACCCAUGACAGCUUGUGAAGACUUGAGCUGUCCACAUUCUUGGACUCAACCAGAAUACCAACUCCGAGUCCCUUGGUUGAGCCAGUCCAUAAUGAUCCUCAAAUACCACUACCGACCAGUCUUCGCGUCAAAUGUUGUUAACUCAUGCGGAAGACUCUCACGAUCAGUAGACCAUAUGUCGAAUCCAGAAUUAAUCAAGCUAUCCAGAACUCCAGAAGAACCAUAAUGGACGCAAGGUUACUUGGUUUGUUGUUUAGAACCUUGUCUUUAUUCUUGUAAAAUACCGAAUCCCUGAAUUUUGCUCCUUGAACCAAUUAGAUGAAAAUUUUUGAUAUUAAUUAUCAUAACCAAGAGUUCAAGUAGGAAUAUCCAGGUGGAUAGUUAAAUUAGUUUGUAAGUAUUUUAGUAUUAUUUAGAAAAGCCAUGGGUUAUUAAAACCCAUGUUUUUCAGUAAAAGGGGGAGUAGUUGUGACGGGCAAAAAGCCCUUGUUGUUCUUUUUAAUGCUGAAAAGACUUAAAGUCUUUAUAUAUUGUAAAGAGACCAAACCUAUGAAGUUAAAAUGCGGUCAAGAACACGGAAUCUUCCUCGGAAUUUGCUACGUAAAUAAAAUUAGAGCUGGCGAGUUUUUCAGUUUUUGCAUUGUCCUGAUCAAUAUAACAUUGAAUGCGAAAUGUAGCCUUUUUGGAGAGCACACUUCAAACGACUAUCGUGAUAACUUUCUAAACAGCCAGUAUGACAAUAAUUUUUUAUGCGGCCUAAAUCAUUUAAAAAUUGUUUAUCCAAAACCACCGAAUACACAAUAAAAUUUUGUUAACGAAGUAAAUCAUUGUGUUCUUCCAAAUCAUUCAUCUAUUAAGGGAAAUUAUCGAAAAAAAAGUCGUAGGCCAACGUAUCGCAAUCGCGAUCGUGCAGUAAAGGAUGGAGUUGGGCUGGAGUGACGUCACAGCAGUUUCACAAAAUAUUUAAUUUUGAAGUUCCCAGCCUAAAUAUUUCGAAUUUAAUUUCACAAAUGUUCAUGUUUUAAUACAUUGCGUUUAUUAGAUAAAUAAAAAAAAGUGCAUUUUGAAAGUUGAUCUCUCCUUUAAGUGCGUUUUAUGACUCACAAAAUAUUCGCACUGGAAUGCGGGAUGUCCUUGCCCUGUGCACUGGAAAGAACCCAUCGCAAGAGAUGACGUGGUAUUCGCCCUAUAAAAAGGAAGCGUGAAUAUCGCUAAUAGUUCAGUCAAAAUCAGUCGUCAAAUUGAAUCAGACUAGUUGUGUCGAUUGAAGAAGAAACUGCCAAAACACCCUGUGCCACUAUCUGAGGCCAGAAGCUAUCAGCUCGAAGCAGUCCGAUUGUUCAAUUACAUAGUCAUGAGCUGUAAGUUUUGAUUUAUUUUUCCUUUUGACUGUUCACGUUGCUCCGACUUACCAUGCCGUACCAUAUUACGAUUUUGUUGUGGAUUUUCGUAGGUUCACGGGUCAAAGCAAUGACGACAGAGAUUUGGCCUCUGGUUACAAUUCACAAACUCCAAAUUAGGUUUAAGAUUAUAGUUUCAUUUAUCGUUUAUUUCUUAUUAGCGUGUUAAGUUGACAAAUGAAAACCAGAGAUGUCAUACGAUGCAUAGAUAAGCCUGAUACAGCAAUUACAAUGUUUUUCCAAAUCGAAUAAUAAAUACAUUUUGAUUGUUUUUCCUAAUUCCGUUAAAGUCUAUAGUUAGUGUAAAAUUACUAAUUUAAUCAGAUCUUUGUAUUUAUAAGCGUGCUAAUCACCAUUGUUAUUUUUACCAAUUUCCGUUAAAAUGUAAUAAUGUCUCUUAAAACAUUAAUGCCUUUGUUGAUCACUAUGUGUUUAGAAAAUAGUUUCAGUUUUGUAUUAUGACUUUGAUAAGGCCUGAAAUAGGAAUACUCCCUAUUUUUAACAUUUAUUUACCUUUUGUAUUAUUCACUUACAUUAUGUUAACCAUUUUAUUUUAUUCCAAAUACAUUAGUUUAAGAAUUAAA